GCGUGACGUUCCGUUUUCCAUCGUCGUCAACGCCAUUGGCAUUCACCAUCCAUGAACCCCUCACGGUUCAGAUUGCCCAGAGGGUCCAGCCCACGCUCAUUACUCCUCGCUGCAGGCGCUGCAGCAGUUUUAGUGUCUCCCAGAGAACAGGAGAAGUUACCUAUAUAUCCUCAACCAGACCCCGAAAUCAUUCUACAAGAAAUCCCCUCCGAGCUCGAAAGACAGAUCGGAAUAGCACGGAGAACGUUACAUACGACCUAUAAAGAAACACAUUCAAGGGUCCAAGGGGUCGUUUCCAAAUGGAUCGGUGUUGAACAUGCUAUCGAAAACCGAAUAAAAUCCAUAAAAUCCCCCCAAGAAUCUCUCACCCCAGGAAUCCUCUACAUCGGCAUAGCAACCCUAACAGCCUCCAUCAUCUCCCGCCCCCGCAGUCUUCCCAUCCGAUUCCUCCUCCCACCUACCUUCUUCGUUCUUUCCAUGAACCAAUUCCUACCCAAAACGACGAGUAACUUGGGAGACUACCUAGGAUCACUCGAACACCACUAUUUCCCCACCCUGGCUGAAAAACACGCAGUGGCGAGUGCGCAUACUGCUAUGACGUGGGAGAGGAUGAAAAGUGCUACGAGGGAUACGAGGGAGAGGGUUCAUUUGGGUGUUGAGAGUGGGGUGGAGAAGGUUCAGGAGGUGACGGGGUUGAAGCUGAAAGAGACGUUGGGAUGGGGGAAACGGGUGUCGGGGGAGGUUGAGGGACGUGUUGUACAGGCUGUUCAUGCUGUUGAAAAUAAGGUGGAGGAAGUGAAGGUGGUUACUGAAAAGAGAGUUGACGAGGUUGUUGAGAAAACUGAGAAGAAGGCGGAAGAAGUUAAGAAACUAGUGUAG